AUGUCCAACUCUCCGUCGUCAGCUCCAGGCACCGACUCUCGGUCCGCCUCCCCGCAGACUCCCUCAGAAAUCCAAUUUGACGUCGAUAUCAACACCGACUUUGGACCGUGGUAUACGUCUGACCCUGAAAGACUAGUUUCGGCCCAUCCCUCAUGGCUCGACCCUGCACUACUGCAUCCACAGAAAGUUGAGGAGACGGAAGAGAUUCUCCAGUUGGACGACCUCAUACAUGGCUACGAUGAUCCAGUAUCUCCAGGAUCAUUCUCCCAGCAAGAACUUUCCAUUCCACAGCCCAACUUCAUGUCCUCGACUCCCUUUAACUUUCUUCAAAGCAGCGCCUUCACUACUUCGCAGCCUGAGCGCAGCUUGGCGAGUAGCUCUGCUCCAUCCCCAGUGCCUACCUCUCGAAGGCUGCAGAACGAAGCACCUCGAGUUGUUUUACCACCCAAAGAAUCGUGUUACAAUCUUGCUAUCAUGUUCCCCAAUUCUCCUGAGGGUGGUAUGAAGUCGCGAGUCGAAACUCAAAUCAGGGCUACUCUCCAGCUCGCGGACUCAAGUUCAUCUUCCGACCCUGCAAACUACAAUUGUGUAGGCUCUUGGAAAUAUCUUCAGCUACCUCCAGGAACUUCGACAAAGCGCCGAACAAGGAAGCAAGGCAAAGUCGAUCCUCUACCAGAAGACAUCCUCCACCUUACAGCCACUGUGACCUGUGCUUCCUCACCCGACACUCGUGUUCAUAGUUGCACCAGUUGUCAAAAGCGCGAGGCCAAGCGCUUGGCGAAGAAACUCGCCGCAAGAGUACGGCCAUCAAGGUCGGACUCCGAAUCUGGUGACGAUGUCAAUCAAAAACCCAAGGGAAAACCUCAAGAAGAUACGACAAGCAUCAUUCAGUUCAAUUGCGCCGAAAUCCAGGACUUCGCUAAAGGCUCUGUCGCGCUGCCCUUGCGUAUAACAUGCUACUGUCGGCACCACCGCGAGAAAGUGGGCUUCAACAUCCAGUUCACGAUGAUGGACCAUAUCGGCCGAAUCGUUGCAACUGGUUUGACGGGACCGAUCAUGAUCACGGACGACCACAAGACACCUGGUUCGAAAGGUGCAGAAUUAAUUCCGUCAAGCAUGGAAUGGUCACAAUCCCAACCGUCGCCCGAAGUUAAGGCACCGUCGAAACGCAAGAAGGAUUGCGUGGCAAUUGCUUCGACAAAAAAGCGACCAAAGCCCUAUGAUGUUCCCAAAACUGGCCGACGAUCAAGAGAGGCGAGCGUUAUUGAGAGUGCGCCGUCUCCCUCCAGUUCUUACCCAGAUACGAGGGCUUCCACCCCCGGUCUUCUGGCCAAUGUUGUCCCCCCCUUGCAACAACCUUCAUCCCUCGAAUCAGAUUCCUCCGCCGAUGUACCUGCUACCCCUCCCGACUAUUCUAUGCUUGUAGAACCUACAGAAGAGCCAUUCGUAUGCCAACCCACCGCACCCCUUCCUCAUGUUUUACCCCUAUCAUUAUUCGCCACUUCUCAGCCACCCCAGUCUGCCACAUUCCCCACAAUCCACCGACUGAUUCCCAGCUGUGGUCCUACCCACGGCGGAACAGAGGUCACUAUUCUUGGUGCAAACUUUCACCCUUCGCUACAGCUUGACUGUGUUUUUGGGGAUGUUGUUGCCGGUUCGACUCACCGCUGGAGCGAUAACACGCUUGUUUGCAUCCUUCCUCCUCAGACCACCCCAUGCGUUGUACCGGUUUGGUUCAACAACUUUACUAAACCCGAUUCAAGCAACUCAUCGACGCCUCUCUUUACGUAUUCCGACGAGUCAGACAGAGCAUUGAUGGAGCUUGCUCUCCAAGUUGUCGGUCUGAAGAUGACUGGCAAGAUUGAGAACGCGAAAAAUAUUGCCAUGCGUAUCGUGGGCAAUGUUGCGAAUGAAACACCCAGCAUACCGUCUGGCAGUGUUGUUGGCGCACCACAAAUGGCAUCAGAAUUCGAAACCAGGGUUCUGAAGCUUCUUUCUGUUCUCGACACGUCUGUGGACAUUCCAAGCGCGAAGAGAAUCUCCCUGGAGGCGGCAAUCUCCUACCCCUCUCCGCAAGGCCAGACGUUGUUGCAUUUGGCAGUUUUCCUGGGCCUUGACACUCUUGUUGGAUUUUUAAUUGCCCGAGGUGUCGAUCUUGACCUGCGGGAUCGCAGUGGUUGUACCGCAUUGCAUUUGGCGGCGAUCAAAGGUUCAAAGAGUUGUGUGGAAAGGUUGCUUCGCGAGGGCGCUGAUGUCGAAAUUGUCGAUGCGCGUGGCAAGUCGCCACAAGAAGUGGCGAGUGUGGGCGGAUUGUUCGAUGGAUUAUUGCCCGAUAAUGUUGUGGAAGUUGCUGACGAAGACGAGGCCCAUUGGGGAGAUGCAGAAUCGGAUGACAACGGUGCACGCAAUCCUCCUAGGCGAAUUGUUGACAGGCGGCGGCGGGCCACUUCCGACAAGUGGCGCACACUCACUCCUCGGUCCUCCUCUUCUUCCCUAACAGCUCUGCCUGAUACUCCUUCAACUGCCAAGGCAUUUGAAGACGAGAAACAAGCUGCGAAUCUGAUCACUCUUAUCCAACGAACACUGGCACAAUUUCCGGCUCCCCAACUCCCCAACUUGCCUGGUCUUCCUCCAUUACCUGAAAUACCGGCGGUCCCAUGGGCAGCACUUCCUCAAUUACCGAUGGUUUUCCCUGUCUUCGUUCCUUGGCCUGCUUUCCUUGGCGGCGGAGAACCUCGUGAUGGAGAUGACGAGGCCAAAGACAUCCCAAGGGCAGCUCGUGCAGCGCAGGAACUACGCGGGACUUGGGAGGCCUGGGAAAAGUGGGUAGCGCUUGUUGCUGGAACUGUUCGUCAAGCAGACGAAGCACCUCCCAUGUAUACUCCCCGCGAAACCCCAGAGCAAUCAUCUCCAGAGCCAGUACUCGAAGACCCACCGCCAGUCGCUAUCUCGCAGACGACAGACACCCCUUCAACAAGCACUCGCCAUAUGGGCUACACUCCUUCACCACCAGUCAGCGAACAGGAGGUCAAUUCUUAUACUUACCAGCCGGCGGAGACGCACAAGAAACAUGAUCGAAUGCUCAUGUUCUUCUGGCUACCGAUACUUUUGCUGUCUUUGUUGUGGGCAGCACAUAACGGUGUCCGCAUUGCAUUCCAGUCGAUCAAAGGCGCUCUCCCUUUGAAGGCGGGUUUUCGGACUUGA